UAUACUCUGCUAGCUAGCAAUGCUAUAACCUGGGACACUCUCCCCAGUACCUACCCUCACUCUAUCCAUUCUAUACUCUGCUAGCUAGCAAUGCUAUAACCUGGGACACUCUCCCCAGUACCUACCCUCACUCUGUAAAUGUGACACUAUGUGUCCUGGAGCCCCCAGCUGAGCCCAUGUGCAGUUUGUUAGUUUAAAGAGUGUAGCUUUGCUCUGUCUGCAGAUAUUGACUAACAGGAGAGUGCAGUGACCAUGGAAGGAGCGGGCACUCUGAUUGGCAUCGGUGGGCUAAAGCAAGUCCUGGUGAUCAUUUUGAUAUUUAUCAUACAGAGCGAGUCAGCUGACUUUUGCGGCAGUAUGGAUAUCCGAAAUGAUGUGUCCCAGUUUCAGAAGUUGGAAAAUUGCACCGUCAUCCAGGGUAACCUGCAAAUCCUACUCAUGUUCAGCACCAAACCCGAAGAUUUCCGUGGCCUCAGCUUCCCCCGGUUGACUAUGAUUACAGAGUACCUCCUCCUUUUCCGUGUCUAUGGCUUGGAAAGCCUGCGGGAACUUUUCCCUAACCUCUCCAUAAUCCGAGGAACAUCCCACUUCUUCCAUUAUUCAUUGGUGAUCUAUGAAAUGCCCCACUUAAGAGAUUUGGGUCUUCAUAGCCUUACCAAUAUUCUCCGAGGGGCAGUGCGCAUCGAGCGGAACCAAGAGCUCUGCUACAUCUUCACCAUAGACUGGGCUCUGCUUUCCGAUUCUGUGGAAAAUCAUUACAUAGUGGGAAACAAGGCGGUUGAAGAGUGUGCUGACGUCUGUCCUGGCAUUCUGGAUAAUGUAGAUUCCUGCGUAAGGACCCCGGUAAAUGGAGUAACCGAGCCGCGCUGCUGGACAUCCAUUAACUGUCAGAAAGUGUGUGACUGUGGAAAGAAUAUCGCCUGCACUAGCAGUGGCAGCUGCUGUCACGAGGAAUGCCUUGGGGGCUGCAACAAACCUGGUGACAGCCGAGCGUGUGUGGCCUGUCGCAACUUCUACUUUAACGACAACUGUUUGCCUUCCUGUCCACGCGGUACGUACGAGUAUGAGGGCUGGCGCUGCGUAAUGCCAGAGUACUGUGCCAGCCUGCGCAAGGUGUCUGAAAAUGCUCAGGAGACCUCCAAGUUUGUGAUCUACCGGAACCGCUGCCAGUCAGAGUGCCCGUCUGGGUACACCAGGAAUGAAAGCAGCAUCGUGUGCCAUAGAUGUGAAGGCCUGUGCCCGAAAGUUUGCAAAGUUGGGAUCAAAUCUAUUGACUCCAUCCAAUCCGCCAAGGAGCUGACUGGCUGUACUUGCAUCGAAGGCAGUCUGAUCUUCAAUAUCCGAAAAGGCAUAAAUUUGGCGUCCGAGUUACAGAAGAGCCUAGGCCUAAUCGAGACCAUCACUGGCUUCCUAAAAAUAAAGCAUUCCUUCGCCCUUGUGUCUCUGACAUUUUUCAAAAACCUGAAGCUUAUCCGUGGAGACUCCAUGGUAGAUGGAAAUUACACGUUGUACAUCCUGGAUAACCAGAAUCUACAGCAACUCUGGGAUCCAAAUCAUGAAAAUCUCUCCAUACCACAGGGAAAGUUAUACUUUGCGUUUAACCCCAAGCUCUGCCUCUCUGAGAUCUAUCACAUCGAGGAAAUAACUGGGGCGAAGGGGAGACAGAACAAGGCCGACAUCAACCCUCGCACCAACGGAGACCGAGCUUCAUGUCGGACCCAGUCUCUGCGGUUUAGUGGAAACACGACGGAAGCGGAUCGUAUCAUUCUGCGAUGGGAGCGCUACCAGCCUCCUGACUUCAGGGACUUGCUGAGCUUCAUCAUACAUUACAAAGAAUCACCAUUUCAGAACGUGACCGAGUACAUGGGACAGGAUGCCUGUGGCGCGAACAGCUGGAACGUUUUAGAUGUGGAGCUGCCUCUGAGCAAUGAUCAGGAGCCUGGUGCAGUCCUGACCAACCUUAAACCCUGGACGCAGUACGCCAUAUACGUGCGUGCCAUUACUCUCGCCACCACAGAAGAUGGACACAACUUUGGCGCACAGAGCGACGUUGUUUACAUCCGAACUAAACCAGCAGCCCCUACCGUCCCUCAGGAUGUGAUCAUCAUGUCAAACUCCUCAACCAAUCUGAUUGUUCGAUGGAAGCCACCAACACAGCGCAAUGGGAACAUCACCUACUACCUGGUUCUCUGGCAGCAGAUGGUGGAGGACCAAGAACUUUAUCUGAACGAUUAUUGCACGAAAGGUCUGAAACUUCCCACCAGCAGCGCUGACACCAGAUUCGAUAGUUACGAUAACGGUAACCAAGACGCCAACCAAGACUCAGAGGACAAAUGCUGCCCAUGCCAAAAAAAUGGGGGACAGCUCGUGGAUUUAGAUGAGGGGUCUUUCCAGAAGAAGUUUGAGAACUUUUUACGGAACACAAUUUUCAUCCCAAAGCCUCCCUGGAAAGUGACAUUAAUCAACAGGAACAUUCAGAGAUCCCCCCGGCAGAGGAGACAUGUCACCAGCUUGUUUGGAGACUAUCAAGGAAACUUCUCCUCCUUACUAGAAGGCACGGUCAGCCACACCGUUAACCACAGCAUCUGGGACUCCAAGCCUUACUCCUACAAGGACAAGAUCUUCCAAAACUGGAUGGUCAUCUCCAAUCUGAAACACUUCACCGAAUAUCGCAUCGACAUCCAUGCCUGUAACCACGCGGCAGACAUAGUUGGGUGCAGUGCUGCCACUUUUGUUUUUGCCAGGACCAUGCCUGAUCCACAAGCAGACAAUAUCGUUGGUAACAUCACAUGGGAUCUCAUGGGUAAAAGCUCCAUCCUGAUGAAAUGGGUUGAGCCUCAAAAUCCAAAUGGACUAAUCCUUAAAUAUGAGAUAAAAUAUAAACGGGAUCACGAGGAAGGACCCUCAACGGUUGUGUGCGUCUCCCGCCAACGAUUCCAAAAAUACAAUGGUGUCCAUCUGUCCUUACUACAACCUGGGAACUAUUCAGCUCGGAUCAGAGCUACAUCAUUAGCUGGGAAUGGCUCAUGGACCGAGCCCACAGUAUUUUUCAUACUUGGCCCUGAAGAGGAGCAAUCCGAGAACCUUUACCUGCUUCUCAAAGUGAUGCCAAUUGUCCUCCUACUUAUCAUCGCCUUGGUGGCUGUGUUUGUCUUCUUCUACAACAAGAAAGGUAAUGGCGAGGGAUACCCCCCUGGAACCCUAUAUGCCUCGGUUAACCCAGAGUACCUCAGCGCUACAGACAUGUACGUCGCUGACGAAUGGGAGUUCCCAAGAGAGAAAAUAACUAUAAUUAAGGAGCUUGGCCAAGGCUCCUUUGGAAUGGUGUACGAGGGAGUUGCGAAGGACAUUGUAAAGGACGAGCCCGUGACAAAGGUGGCAUUGAAGACUGUAAAUGAGCUGGCCAGCACCAGGGAAAGGAUAGAGUUCCUAAAUGAAGCCUCGGUUAUGAAAGCCUUCUUAUGCCACCAUGUGGUCCGUCUCCUGGGGGUAGUCUCACAAGGACAGCCAGCGUUGGUGAUCAUGGAACUAAUGACCAGAGGAGACCUAAAGAGCUACCUGCGUUCUCUGAGACCAGAAGACGAGAAUAAUUCGAGAGUAUCUCAGCCAUCCUUAAAGCGGAUGAUACAGAUGACUGGAGAAAUAGCCGAUGGCAUGGCGUAUCUAAAUGCAAAGAAAUUUGUGCACCGAGAUUUGGCUGCCCGGAACUGCAUGGUGUCAGAGGAUCUUACCGUUAAGAUUGGAGAUUUCGGAAUGACCAGAGACAUUUAUGAGACGGAUUACUACAGGAAAGGUGGAAAGUCGCUUCUUCCAGUACGAUGGAUGUCUCCUGAAUCCCUGAAAGAUGGAAUCUUCACCCUACAUUCUGAUGUCUGGUCAUUUGGCGUUGUACUGUGGGAAAUCGCAACAUUGGCCGAGCAGCCAUAUCAGGGCUUGGCUAACGAGCAGGUUCUUCACUUUGUGAUUGACAAUGGAACCUUGGAGAAGCCAGACAAUUGUCCUGACAGACUACAUGAGCUGAUGACCUGGUGUUGGCAGAAGAAUCCCAAGCAACGCCCAACUUUCAUCCAGAUUUUGGAGAGUAUAAAAAAUGAACUACAUCCCACGUUCAGGAAGGUGUCUUUCUUUUACCAAGGGGAUCACAAACGGAGGGAGUCUGAGGCAUCUGACACAGAAGUAGACCAGUCCCAGAAAACACUUCUCGAUCAGACUCCACCUGCUCCACCGUUCAACAAUUUUUCUUCUUUGUGCACAGUGCAGAAGAUUGACCUUUUAAAUGCCAUAUAUGGCAAAAUGGAUCUUAAGUAAGAAAAUUAGCGUCUGCACAAAACUGAAACUAGUGGAUUUUUAUAGUCUGUGAACAGAUCCCAACUUCUGGGCAAAGAAUGCAGAACGCAGACAUUCUAUAUGUGAAUUAUCACGCCUUACGUCUAACAAGCAACCCCGCUCUCAUCUGAUGAUCCUGAUUUAGACUGCCCAACGGGGCUGCAACUGUGAAAUGUUAUAACUCUAUCUGCAGGAACAACCAUAUUUCAUUAACAACUUAUGUGGUCUGUUCUUCUGUAAAUGAAGAUGUGUGUUUUUAACGUGCGUAUCUCAGGUGUACUAAAAGAUUGCGAUUUGUUUGUAGGACAUUUUAAUAUUGGCAUGAUGUGUGGUAAAAGCCAAACUAAUCCAGUUGGGCUACUUUGUGAGGGGCCUCCUGCCCCCCAGUCAGUCAUUCUCCUUUUAACUUAUAUUUAGACAUUUUUAUAAUAUGGGGCCAACGGCCCAGAGCUUAGAAACACUUUUGCCAUUUUAACAGCAGUCACCAUAGCACAAUGUGUACAGGCGUUUCCUGAUUAUAAGAUCACACUGAUUCGAAAUCUCUGAUUUCAGAGCUAGAACAGUGAACAUCGCGUUGACUUGAAAGCUGCUGGUCACAAGAGAAAUACUUUAAUUUCUUGCUAAAAAGUCUGAUCUUACCAGAUCAUAUUAUGUUUGUAACACGUAGAACAUGCUAAUGUAGGAAUUCUCACACGCUGCACUUGUUUCAUAUACAGUUUGAAAAAGGUUUUUACUUAUUUUAUGUUGUGUAGAAUUGUCUGCUGCAAGAUUUAAAGCUAAAGCACUUUACUGAGGCCAGCAGAGCUGCCAGUCUGAGGGGUGGUGAAUGUUUGUCAUUCAAAUUGCCUGUAGAUGUGGGCUGCUCAGUAGCUCACAGUUGCAGUGGAACUACAAGCCCCAUGAUGCUCCGAGCAUACUAGUAGCUUGGACGUGCAGACUGCUGGAGAGUUAGAUGUUGGCCACCACUAAUCUAUGGAAUAUUAACGAAUUGAACUUGCAGCCCAAUCUGCAAAUCUAAAGGGCAUUUAUAAAACUUGUUUUCCCAGAAUUGUCUGGCUUGCCAUGGACAAGGUCAUAUUCUAACCUCUCUUUUUGAUGGUGCUUUUCAUUUUGGAAUGUGUAUUCAUUAUUGGACCUCAUUCACAUUGGAGUGGUAUGUAGUAGGAGAAGGACCUCUUUGUGGACUGUUUCAUGGUCCCUUCUGAAUCCACUGUACAGCUCUCCGUUGGUAAAAACUCCUUCCAAGCUGAUCAGACCGUGCCUAUCUGUGUACAGGACAGGAGCUAGGUGUACUGAUAAAUGUAUUCGACACGUAAGAUUAUCAUUUUGUUCACAAACAUUCAUUAAAGCCAGUGGUAACUUAAAUGUUCAAUUAAAUUUCCAAAUGAGAUUUUAAA